AUGGGAAACUGCAUCAAGGCAUUCCCAGCUAAGAAGGGACUUAGACAAGGGGACCCCUUAUCCCCAUAUCUAUUUGUGAUUUGUAUGGAGUAUUUGAAUAGAGUGUUGAAACCUUUGGGUACUGAUCCAGAUUUCAAUCAUCAUCCAAAGUGUGCUAAAUUGAACAUUGUUCAGCUGGGAUUUGCAGAUGAUCUGCUUCUAUUCUGUAGGGGUGAUGAAAUAUCUAUCUUUAAAGUGUAUGACUGUUUUCUAAAGUUCUCAGCAGCUUCUGGCCUUAUAGCAAACACUAGACUUUCUUGUGGAAAGGGGAUAACAACAUCAUCCAAGAAAGCUCUGAUUGCUUGGGAACAGUUAUGCUUGCCCAAAGUGGCUAGUGGCUUGAAUAUUCUUUAUGCACAAACAUGGAACAAAGCUGCAAUUUGUAAAUUACUCCGGAACUUAUGCAGGAAGGCAAACAAAUUAUGGGUUAAGUGGGUGCAUGCUUACUAUCUUAAACACCAAAGUGUAUGGACUUUUUUCCCAAAUCAGGCUUCAUGGAUGCUAAAGAAGAUAUUUAAAGCAGUGGGGACCUUGGAAGCUGCAGGUAUAGAUGAACAACAGAUCACUAAUGCUUCCACGUUCUCUAUAAAACAGGUUUACCUCAAACUUAGGGGAAAUCAUCCAAAGGUAAGUUGGAGAAGAUUUGUAUGCAACAAUCAUGGUGCUCCUAAGUGGAUUUUUAUACUGUAUUUGGCUCUAAAUAGAAGGCUGUACACCAGAGACCGACUGAAAAAGUGGGGUAUAAUCGAGCAACCGCCUUUUCGUCCUGUCUGUACUGAAAAUGAAACAGUGGACCAUUUGUUUUUCAAGUGUGGAUUCUCUACAACAAUAUGGGACAAAAAUGCUAGAAUAGCAAGGACAUCACAGAUGUGCAAUAGAAUAGAAGGAUGA